GUCAAAAUUUAAAGUUCGAUCGAAGAAGAAGAAGAACAGCCAAAUCGCGGCUUUUCCUCAGUUUUUGCUUCGGAAAAAUUGUGUGCAGUGUGUGUAUUUUCAUGGUGAGAAAAAGUGGCUGUUCCCAGUGAUAUUUUCCACACGGCCCGACUGAGAGGUACCGGCAAUGAAGAUGCGUGCCAUCAACCUCAGCAGUCGUAUGCAAUUGUUCAUUGUUGUGAUAAUUCUCUGGGGCGCUACUGUUUUGCUGUCUCUCACGAAUCUUAGCAGUUCCGGAGGCAGCAAGCACUUGAUGGAAAAUGACCUACGGAGGCUCAACAGGGCCAUUUCCUAUGUCAACAUGCUCGAGUCCAAUAACAAUCAUAUCGAGAGUCUGCUGCGGGAGCACUUGGAGGAUGGCAACUUCGAUGCUGGGGAGAAGAAAGUUCUUGCUGAGAAGAUUGAGGGUAAAAUCAAGAGUCUGAUAGGGAGUAAGACUCAAAUAGCUCCAAGCCUGGAGUAUCAGAACCUUUUGCGUCGAAUUUACAUAAACACCCAGGAAAUGUACAAUUUCGUGAGUGCCGAGAUGAAUAACAUUAAGACUAGGGCUAAGACAAAUUCCCCAGAAGUUGAGGGGAUUGUCGAUGAAGUCAUGAAGCUCCUGAAGGAGCACAAGGGGUCACUUCUGACGGAUCUCGAGGACUUGAGGAAGUCCGAUGGGCAUGAACAAUGGCGCGAGCAGGAAUUCAGAAACCUCUCCAAUGUCAUUCAGCAGCGUCUGCAUCAUCUGCAGAAUCCCAGGGAUUGUGCCAAUGCCCGGAAGAUGGUUUGUCGACUGAACAAAGGCUGUGGGUAUGGGUGUCAACUACACCACGUUGUCUAUUGCUUCAUCAUGGCCUAUGCCACUGAGAGAACCCUCAUUCUCAAAUCCAAGGGCUGGAGGUAUCACAAAGCCGGCUGGGAGGAUAUCUUCCAGCCAGUCUCUGACACCUGUCUCGAUUCCGACGGCAAAACCCAUGCAAAUUGGCCAGGAAAAGCCAACACCCAAGUCCUAACCCUUCCCAUCAUCGAUUCCCUCCAUCCCCGUCCAGAACACCUUCCCCUAGCCAUCCCAGCUGACCUAGCUCCGCGACUAGCUCAAAUUCACGGAGAUCCUUUCGUGUGGUGGGUGGGGCAGUUCCUGAAGUACCUCCUGAGACCCCAACCAUCAACGCAAAAGAUGCUAGAGACAGGGAUUAAGAACCUCGGCUUCAAGAAUCCCAUUGUGGGAGUCCACAUUCGACGAACCGACAAAGUGGGAACGGAGGCAGCAUUCCACAGUGUGGCCGAAUACAUGACGGCCGUUGAUGAUUUCUACGAUCAACUGGAACAGCGACAGCCCGUCGAUAAGCGAAGAGUCUAUAUCGCUUCGGAUGAUUACAAGGUAAUCGAUGAGGCGAGAUCAAAUUAUCCUCAUUACGAAGUAAUUGGGGAUCCGGAUGUAGCUAGAAUGGCAGCAGUUUCUUCGAGAUACACUGAUUUUUCACUCAAUGGAAUCAUCCUGGAUACGCAUUUGCUCUCUCUCUCGGACUAUUUGGUGUGCACCUUUAGUUCUCAGGUAUGUCGAGUAGCUUAUGAAAUUAUGCAGACACUCCAUCCGGAAGAUGCAACGCAGCGUUUCAAGUCUCUGGACGAUAUUUACUACUACGGUGGACAAAAUGCUCACAAUCGACGGGCUGUAUUGGAUCAUAAGCCGAGGAAUAGCCGGGAAAUAGUGAUGCAGAAGGAUGACCUAAUAAGUAUUGCUGGGAAUCACUGGAAUGGAUUCUCAAAGGGAAAAAAUACCCGAACAAAUCAAGUUGGACUGUUUCCAUCCUUUAAAGUUGUUGACAAAGUCGAAGUAGCUGAUUUUCCAACAUACAAUCACCUCACGUAGUUCAAUGUAAACACAAAAGAAUAAAAAAAACACUCAGAGAAUUAAGGAAAAAAAGACAUUCCCUUCAGAACCAGAAGAAAAAAAGCCAAGUUGUAUUUCACAUUCUGCCGAAGGGGAACAAAACAAAUUAUGUGGUAAUUUAGGUAUAUAGAAAAAUUAAUUUAAGAAUUAGUCUAUUGUUAGAUCGUCUGUUUUUUUAUUAUCAUAAUUACAGUGAUAAUUUAAUUGAUAAACAUAAAA